CGGGGCAGGAAAGGCGAGAGCUAGCGGAGGCGGGGGCGGCGUCGGGUUCCCUCAGCAGCGCGGUCUGUCCCACAGCUGUCAGAGCCCUGUACGGCCGCGGCUAGGAGCCCCGCGUUCCCAGGCACCGGACGCGCCUAGCUUGCUCCUCCGCCCGCAGGCUGGGCCGGGCGGGAUGUAGGGCGCCGGGCGCGGAGGCCGCGAACGCGGCGGGGGCUUCCGGGAGGCCGCGCCGAGGAUGGAGAGAGCGAUGGAGCAGCUCAACCGUCUAACGCGCUCUCUCCGCCGCGCGCGCACAGUGGAGCUGCCAGAGGAUAAUGAAACUGCUGUUUACACAUUAAUGCCAAUGGUUAUGGCUGAUCAGCACAGGUCUGUUUCUGAACUACUAUCAAAUUCAAAAUUUGAUGUCAAUUAUGCAUUUGAACGGGUGAAGAGAAGCUUACUUCACAUUGCAGCAAACUGUGGAUCAGUGGAAUGCUUGGUUCUGCUGUUAAAGAAAGGAGCAAAUCCUGACUAUCAAGAUAUUUCAGGCUGUACACCUCUUCAUUUGGCUGCUAGAAAUGGACAGAAGAAAUGCAUGAGUAAAUUAUUGGAGUACAGUGCGGAUGUCAACAUUUGUAAUAAUGAAGGCCUUACAGCAACAGUGCAGUGCUUGCUAGACAGUGGUGCUGAUAUUAACAGGCCAAAUGUAUCAGGAGCCACUCCAUUGUACUUUGCUUGCAGUCAUGGCCAGAGAGAUACCGCACAAAUUCUUCUUUAUCUAGCAAUUAUGAUGCACAAAUGAAGAGCCUUUUAAGGAUUGUGAGAAUAUUUUGUCACGUCUUUCGAAUUGGCCCUUCUUCUCCUAGUAAUGGAAUCGACAUGGGCUAUAAUGGGAAUAAAACUCCAAGAAGCCAAGUGUUCAAGCCUUUGGAAUUGCUUUGGCACUCAUUAGAUGAAUGGCUAGUUUUAAUAGCCACAGAACUGAUGAAAAACAAAAAGGACUCAACAGACAUCACUUCUAUUUUACUGAGACAAAAAGGCCAAGAUCAAGGUGCCACUUCCAUUUCACCAUUUGAACCUUCAAGACCUGGGAGCUAUGAAAACCUAUCCACUGGUACAGGGGAAUCGAAACCAGAUGCCCUUGCAGGGAAACAGGAAGCCAAUACAGAUUGUCAGGAUGUUAUUUCUAUGACAGCAAACCGGCUAAGUGCUGUCAUUCAAGCUUUUUACAUGUGCUGUUCUUGUCAGAUGCCUCCAGGAAUGACUUCACCUCGUUUCAUUGAAUUUGUCUGCAAACAUGACGAAGUUUUAAAAUGUUUUGUGACUAGGAAUCCAAAAAUUAUAUUUGACCACUUUCACUUUCUCCUGGAAUGUCCUGAGUUGAUGUCAAGAUUCAUGCAUAUCAUUAAAGCACAGCCAUUUAAAGAUCGCUGUGAAUGGUUCUAUGAACAUUUGCACUCAGGACAGCCAGAUUCGGACAUGGUACAUAGGCCAGUGAGUGAAAAUGAUAUUCUCCUGAUUCACAGAGAUUCUAUUUUUAGGAGUAGCUGUGAAAUUGUGUCAAAAGCAAAUUGUGCAAAACUAAAGCAGGGGAUUGCUGUACGGUUCCAUGGAGAGGAAGGCAUGGGUCAAGGUGUUGUACGUGAGUGGUUUGAUAUUCUAUCUAAUGAGAUAGUCAAUCCUGAUUAUGCAUUGUUUACCCAGUCAGCAGAUGGAACAACUUUUCAGCCUAAUAGCAACUCCUAUGUGAAUCCUGAUCACCUGAACUAUUUCCGGUUUGCUGGACAGAUUUUGGGAUUAGCUUUGAACCACAGGCAGUUGGUCAAUAUUUACUUUACACGAUCAUUCUACAAGCACAUUCUUGGUAUUCCUGUAAAUUACCAAGAUGUAGCAUCCAUUGAUCCAGAAUAUGCCAAAAACUUGCAAUGGAUUUUAGAUAAUGAUAUUAGUGAUCUAGGUCUGGAACUGACUUUUUCUGUUGAGACCGAUGUGUUUGGAGCAAUGGAAGAGGUGCCUUUGAAACCUGGGGGUGGAAGUAUUCUUGUGACACAAAGUAACAAAGCGGAGUAUGUCCAGCUUGUUACUGAACUUCGAAUGACGAGAGCCAUUCAGCCUCAGAUCAAUGCUUUUCUACAGGGUUUUCAUAUGUUCAUACCACCGUCCCUCAUACAGCUGUUUGAUGAGUAUGAAUUGGAGCUACUGCUCUCUGGCAUGCCAGAAAUUGAUGUGAAUGAUUGGAUGAAAAACACAGAAUACACGAGUGGCUAUGAAAGAGAGGAUCCAGUUAUUCAGUGGUUCUGGGAAGUUGUGGAAGACAUUACUCAAGAGGAGAGAGUUCUUCUCUUGCAGUUUGUUACUGGCAGUUCCAGGGUCCCACAUGGUGGAUUUGCCAACAUCAUGGGUGGAAGUGGUUUGCAAAACUUUACAAUUGCUGCUGUGCCAUAUACCCCAAAUCUUUUACCAACUUCUAGCACAUGCAUAAACAUGCUCAAGUUACCUGAGUACCCAUGUAAAGAAAUACUCAAGGACAGACUCCUUGUGGCACUGCAUUGUGGCAGCUAUGGUUACACAAUGGCAUAAUGAAGCCUGGAAAACUCAUCUGACUACUGAUGCACAAUUCAGAGACAGAAGUAAUUUAGGGGACUGUCAGCAGAAAAGCAGUUAAACACAGCCCAAAUUCAUAAACGGUCAGGUUUUCUAUUUUACUGUUUCUCUUGUUUGGUUUUUCUCUAUGAUGCAAUUAGAAAAUAUAAAAUCAUAGUAGACUUCAUUUUGAAAAAUGCAAGUAGUAAAACUGUCUUAUAUAUAUAUAUAUUUCUUUAAUCUUCCAAGAUUGUGUUAAGGCAAAAUAUUCUACAUUCCACCUCUGCUGUGAAACUGUCUAGUUGAAAGGGUAUUUUUUUUGUUGUUUAUCUUCUUGUAUAUUAAAGUGUGUGAAGACAACCAGCUGGUGUGUUCUAUUGCAUGUAAAGUACAUUUUUUAUUUUGGAAAA